GAUUUACAGAUGGCGAUUGGACUCCUUGGAAGCUGGGAGGGGUGCGGGGCUGGAGGGAGUCAAAGAAAAAGCUGACCUACUGCAACUAUGGCAACGUCAGCGCUUGAGGCUUGAAGAGGGAGACGAGCUAAAAGAGGUAUAGUCUUUCUUAUGGAAGAAUAGCCACUUAUUUCGUGAUGGCAUUUGCACCUCCAAAAAGCAUAGAUGGUCCCAAAAUGCAGACAAAGAUGAGUACCUGGACACCCCUAAACCAUCAGCUUUUGAAUGAGCGGGUAUUUGAAGAAAGAAGAGCCCUGCUUGGAAAAUGGUUUGACAAAUGGACAGACUCUCAAAGGAGAAGAAUCCUCACGGGCCUGUUGGAGCGCUGCUCCCUGUCACAGCAGAAGUUCUGCUGUCGAAAGCUUCAGGAAAAAAUUCCAGCAGAAGCCCUGGAUUUUACUACCAAGCUUCCGAGGGUGUUAUCUAUAUACAUCUUUUCUUUCUUGGAUCCCCGAAGCCUUUGUCGUUGUGCACAGGUGUGCUGGCACUGGAAGAACUUAGCCGAGCUGGACCAGCUGUGGAUGCUCAAGUGCUUACGGUUUAACUGGUACAUCAAUUUCUCUCCUACUCCUUUUGAGCAGGGCGUCUGGAAGAAGCACUAUAUUCAAAUGGUGAAAGAACUUCAUGUUACCAAGCCUAAGACACCUCCAAAAGAUGGAUUUGUAAUUGCUGAUGUUCAGCCAGUUAAAAGCAAAUCUCCAGAGGAAAAGCAGUCUCCUCUAUCAGUUCUUUGGUCCUCUUCCUCUUUAAGAAAGAAUAACAAACCAGGGAAGAAAGAACUUCCACCAUGGCGAUCCUCUGAUAAGCAUCCAACUGAUAUCAUUCGCUUUAAUUACCUAGACAACUGCGACCCCAUCGAGAGUGUCUGGCACGGAAGAAAGAAAAGGAAUGAAAUGACCCCAGACUUCAGCCGACAGUCACAUGAUCAGAAAAAUAAAUUGCAGGACAGAGCUAGGCUAAGAAAAGCACAGUCACUGGGUGACAGUUUGCCCUCACCAACCUCCUAAGUGACGCAAGAUGACUAUGAAAAUGAAGAAAUGCUGCACAUCAGACCUGAAAGAAGAGGAAAUCCAAAUAGGGCAUUGACGGAGAGUAGAGAGUAAAACUCUGGCAACUACAGCCACAGAGAUCAUUUUGUUAUGACAGACACAGCCCAGCUGCGCUUCCAAUGCAGAAAAUCAGGUAUUCAUCUGACACAAAGUUCCCACCCCGUGUAGACAGGUUUAUGGAGGAAGACUGCAGGAGGGACAGGUGAGCAGGAGAAACUCAGGGAGCACCUUCUAAAGGCAAGGAUGACAGUGACAUACCCUCAAACCUAGGAGGUUACCUGACACCUGAACACCUGGAGCCUUCUUGCUCCCAUCGUCGGAAAAGCAGGUGUGUGACACGUGAAGUCAGAGCUUCGUUAAAUGGAAACGGCUGGAAAAGAUCACAGGCAUGUGAAAGGGCACAAAGAAUAUUCCUUAGGUCCCCUCUCCAGGAACGUGACCGUCAGACCACCGGGACACUUCCCUUUUUGCCUGUCAUUACAGCUUUCGGAUAUGAGCGUUCUCUCGGAAAAGAGAAAUGUUCUCAGGGAAAUGGUUUCAAAUCUACGCGUAUUGCUGUGAGCAUGUGAUGUUUUCUAUUAUUUAAUAGGGUUCAGCUUUCAAAGCCUGCCCCCUUGGAAGGGUACCUGAUUUCCUCUUCUGCUUUCAGUUCUAAAGGAGACCCCAAUAUGUGAUAAUUUUCAGGGCU